AUCUGUUCGGCGCGUCGAGCUCGGAAGAGAGUGCGAGUUGGUGGCCAUCGAUUCGGGAGAACGGUUGUGGUUGUGGAUAUUUCGAGAGACAAGUAGUUUUUUUGGAAGUGCAGUGCGAGAUGGAAGGCGAUUACGAAUAUCCUGGAAGACCCAACGAGGCGCCCGGUGCCAGGCCUAUGGUGGACCCCGAGGAGCUGGGCGAAGUCGAUCCGACCAAAUAUGGAGCACCCAAGGAAGCCACGCACAAGAUUCGAGGUCGCUCCGAUUUCCUGGAGAUGGUGUUCGGAGGAAGCGUUGAUCAGGAACUUCUCAUCGUCAAAUGCUUCUACUUCUGCUUCUACUCUGCCUUCGGUUCGCUCUUUCCACUCAUGGGCGUCUAUUUUAAGCAGAUGGGCAUGAACGCGAGUCAAUGUGGUUUCCUCGUGGGCUGCAGACCGUUCGUUGAGUUUCUUUCUGCCCCAUUCUGGGGCACCUUGGCCGACAGAUAUCAGAAGGGGAAGAUCCUUCUGCUCGCGUCCUUGGCCGCCUGGAUCAUUUUUACCGUCCCGCUGGGUUCCAUCCAACCACCAGCCGCCUCGUGCAUCGAGACCAAAAACAAAUCAGCGUUACUAACCACCCCAGAAAUAACAACGAGAUUAAUGGUCAAGAGAUCGAUUGAUUUCCCAGAAGUCCAUAUUCCGAAGAUCUUCAUCAAUCCCGGCGUGUCCCCAAUAAACGUGGACUACGCCAGCAACUACAAAGAGCAGGAACAUCAGGGCUGGGUGAAACCAAUCAUAUCAUCGAUAGUGUACAGGACCCAGGAUAUCCAGAAAGCUUUCUUUCUGUUGCUCCUUCUAGUCAUAAUUGGGGAAUUCUUCAGCGCUCCGGCCAUAACUCUCGCCGAUUCAGCAGUAAUCACGCUUUUGGGAGAGGACGCCGAUCGGUACGGUCAUCAGAGAAUGUUCGGUUCUUUGGGCUGGGGAUUGGCCAUGUUCUUUGUAGGAAUCGCUCUGGAUCAUUCCACAGCCUUUCCGAAUCAUCCGUGCGGCCCGGAGAGCAAAGAGAAGAAUUACACGAUCUGCUUCGCCACGUUUUCCGUUCUGAUGGGCGCAGCAUUGAUCACCGCGACCCAAAUCACAUUCAAAUACGACACCGACGAUCAUCCGCUAAAGGCUAAAUCCGAGGAGGACGGAGAAUCGCCUCCGGCUUUGAGCAAAGAAGAUCAGAUGCAGGCGCAACUUGCGGAACAAUUGAAUCUUCCCUCUUUGGCCGAUACCAGGGCCACUUCCGCAAACCAGACUGCGCCCGAAGCUAAAUCGAAGAUAUUUGCUCAAACUACCAGGGAAAUGCCAGAAUGGGUCACAGUUCUGAAUCAAUUCAAGAAUUUGAAGUGUGCCUCGUUCCUGUUCGUUGCAUGGUUCAUGGGUUUCGGAAUCGGAUUGAUCUUCACCUUCCUCUUCUGGCACUUGCAGGAUUACGAAGGAACUCCGACUUUGUUUGGCAUUGCUUCCGUCAUCAAUCACGUUUCGGAAAUCUUUGCGUACUUCUUCAGUUUCCGCUUGAUCAGACAAUUAGGUCACGUUAAGGUGCUGUGCUUGGGUCUGGUCGGAAACACGUUGCGCUUCUUGUACAUAUCGUGGUUGACGGAUCCUUGGUGGGUGCUUCCGUUCGAGUUCAUGCAGGGGAUUACGCAUGCCGCGGUUUGGGCCGCUUGCUGCUCGUACAUAGCACACAAUACACCACAACAGAUGCGUUCUUCGGCUCAGGGAGUCCUCCAGGGAAUCCACCACGGAUUAGGUCGAGGAUGCGGAGCCGUGUUCGGUGGGAUUUUGGUUAACAAUUUCGGAUCUACGGCGACGUUCAGAGGCUACGGCGUUGUAUGUUUGGUGGUGCUGGGAGCUUUCAUUUUCAUCAAUUUCUAUCGCGUGGAUCAAGGCUUCGUGUCGGAAAUACCGACAACCGAAGAUCCAAGACAGAUGGCUGAAGAAACAGCCCAUCUGGCUCCGCACGGUGUACCUAGUAACCCGAUUCCGAGAGCUCUAUCCAGCAGCAAACUGCACGAACUCGCUUCAGGUCAGGAUAGUUACGGAGCUACCUAUCAAACUGGAGCUGGAGGAACUUUGGACAUCCCCGGUGGCGCGCCUCAAAAUCCAUUCGGUACUUCGAAUGGUACAAACCAAUACUCAGGAUUUCAGACUAAUGGGUACAGCGUGAGGAUUGAGACCCAGCAACCGGCAUCCGCUAAUUCGGGAUACAACUGGUAAAAUUAUCAUUUCGGUUUGAUUUAUCUCUGCAAUAUAUCAAUAUCAAACGAACAGAUAUCCAGAGUAAAAUUAAAGUAAAAAAAACAAAGAUAAUUUCGAAAGAAAUGUAAAAAAAACGGAUACAUAUCGCAAGGACUUUCAUUAUUUUAAAGACAGUAUAUUUACAAAUAAAUUUGAGAUUUUUAGAGGGCCCUUAGGACCCUAGUAGAAUUUUUUGAAGAGACGAAUAGGAUAUUUUUAUAAUCAUUUGGAUUUUCUCUCAAUCUCUUUCACAUACAACUCUUAUUUCAAAACCUUUCAAAAAAAUAAAACAAAACUUUACCAGGUGAUCCCGCUAAUACACAAACACUUGACAUAAGCAAUGAUCUCCAAACAGAUGAUAUUAAAUAAAUAUACAUAUAUAAAUAAA